UAGAAGAGAGAGCAUUUUGGAAAUUUGAAGGUUUUAUGUUUGCCUUAGCAUUUAUUUCUUGUAUUAGUGUAUAUUGGAGAGAAAAUAUACUAAGGCAAAGAAUUAUUCGCAAAGUUGCCAGACAGUUAAGAGCUAGUGUAUAUGGUUUCAAAAACCUGAAAAAUGGAUGAAGCAUAUUUAGAGAUAUAUUCACUGACUGAUUUAUGCCUUGCUCCAAUAGAAACGAUCAUAACUCUUUUUACAAUAAAAUAUUGCAAUUCUGAGAUCAAUAUUAAGUUGAUUCAAACUAAACAAAAGUUAAAUGAAUGCGCGUAUAUUAUAGAUAUAUCUCAAUUUGUAUAUGAAAUUAUAGAUGAAAAAGAGAUUCCUCAUGAUGUAAAUUCUUGUGAAUUACCUAGUAUAGUUUUAAAUAAAACAAGUUACAUAGCAGGACUUUGUGCUAUACUAAGACAGAUUAUAAAAUCAACUCUCAUAGAUUGUCCAUUACAUUACUGUAGAUCUUUGUUGGGAUUUAAAGAAUCAUGUUUAUUAGCUUGUUUGGAAAGCAGUGUCUGGACUAAGUUUUGUGAAAUAGAUAUGAUUAACAUGUUAAAAUUUCUUAAUUUAGGUAGUUCGAAUCAAGUAGAAUUGCCUCAUAGUCUUGCAAGAUUUGAAUGUCAUAUGUCGCAACCAUUAAGGAUACAUAAUCUAUACAAAUAUGUAGUGUCCAAGAAAAAAAGUAUGCAAGAUGUAAGAACAGAAUAUAAAGCUCAAAUACCAGAACAUAAAUAUGCAGAAGGUUCUUAUAUUACGUUAGCUGAUAUAAUUAUUUUUGUUUGUGUGCAUAUAUUGCUUACAAUAUAUUCAAGUGACGCAAUACUUAAAUUAUUACCAUUGGUAACUAAAUGGUACGAACGAAUGAUUCAAGAUCAUAUUAUACUGGAAUGUUUAAGUUGCUUAUCUAUUCAAGAAAAAAAAAUUAAUAAUGAAAUUAAUUAUAUACUUCCUCAAGUUUCUAAUGAAAGUUUAUAUAAAAGUGAUCCUAAAAGAUAUAAACCAAAAAGUCGUAUCUACACAAAACAAAAAGAUAUAGAAUAUUCCAUGCAAAUUAUUCAUAAUGCAGAAAUUAUAAGUGAGCUUGAUGCAGAAACCUUUGGUGCAGAAAUAUGUUUUGAUUGGACAAAUGUUCCUUUUGACAUAACUCCAGAAGGUGGAUCUUUACCACCUUCUCGUCUGAAAAGAAAAUCUGAGCAGUUAGAAAAUCUAUGUAAACCUGUUAUAAAAUUAGCAAAAGCAGAUGAUGUUAUUGUAGAUUUUUGUUCUGGUAGUGGUCACCUUGGAGUGUUACUUGCAUAUCUUUUACCAAAUUGUACUAUAAUAUUAUUAGAAAAUAAAGAACAAUCUUUAAAUAGAGCAAAAGAAAGAGUGAAGCUGUUGAAAUUGACUAAUAUUAAAUUUUAUCAGUGUAAUUUGGAUUAUUUUAAAGGAAAUUUUAAUAUAGGUUUAUCUUUGCAUGCUUGUGGAGUAGCAACUGAUUUAGUUAUUCAACAAUGUAUUAAAAGAAAUGCUAUUUUUGUAAGUUGUCCGUGUUGUUAUGGAUCAUUACACAAUUGCCAUCAUUUAACAUAUCCAAGAAGUAACAUUUUUAAGAAACACAUAAGCAACAAACAAUAUUUGACUCUUAGUCAUGCUGCGGAUCAAACACACGAUAAACUAAAUGCUAAAACCCAACAAGGAUAUGAAUGUAUGGCUAUUAUAGACACUGAUAGAAAAUUACAGGCUGAGCAAUUUAAUUAUUCAGUAUAUCUUGGUAAAUUAAUACCAGAGACAUGUACACCUAAAAAUCACAUAUUAGUUGGAAUUCCUAAAAGACGUAUAUGUAUGAAAAAUUAGAAUAUUAACAUCUUAAAAAAUAUUUGUACAACGAACUUUAUGGUACAAAUAAAUAUAUGUAAAUUAUACAUACAUUAUACUUACUUGUUGUCUGAAACAAAUAAUAAAUUAUGAAUAACAUUGAUACAGUAAAAAUGAAGUUCUCUCUUACAAACUUGUUUUAAAAUAUACUUUGUAUAUCACAGAUAAAUAUUAUGAAUUUACAAUACGUUAUUUUUUUUUUUUUUUUUUUUUAAUUUCUAUGAACUUUUAUAUUGCUUAUAACAUUAAUCGUUUGUAGUAUGACUGUAAUAUUAUUUCAAUUUAUUAAUGAGACACGUGCCAUUACUGCACUAGAAAUUUAUUAAUAAUUGUAUGAAGAUUUUUAUUGAUAUGUACAAAAAAGAAGAAAGAAAUAAUUAUGUAUACAAAUUAUUAGCAUUACUUAAAUGUUACACAACAAUUUCCUAUUGUUACAUACCUAAUUGUAAGAGAAACACGAAACGAAGUUUGUUUUUAUAUUAUAUUAGAGGAACUAGGGAAUAUUCAUUUUUACUAUUUUACUUACUACUUCAAGCGCCGAGUAUAUGCUUGGGCAAUAUUGAAAAUUUAAAUAAACUUCCAUCUU